AUGGCUGGUUCUGAACAGUCUUUGGGCAAUUAUGUUAACUUCAAUCAGAACGGGUCGUGCAUAUCUGUGGGCACAUCAAACGGUUUCAAAGUGUUCAACUGCGAACCGUUCGGGCGCUUCUACAGCGAAAGUGAACCCGAAUAUGGUGGAUAUAGUAUUGUUGAGAUGUUAUUCUCUACUUCAUUGGUGGCGUUAGUUGGAAAUGGAGAUCAGCCACAGUUGUCUCCUCGAAUACUUAAGUUGGCCAAUACGAAGAAACACACAGUCAUCUGCGAGAUCAUGUUUCCCUCUUCAAUACUUUCCGUAAAAAUGAACAAGUCCAAGCUCAUUGUAGUGCUGAAGACACAGAUAUAUGUUUAUGACAUAACGAGCAUGCGGUUGCUAUAUAUUAUUGAAAAUACACCAAACCCGUACGGUUUGGCGACAUUAUCAUCGUCGUCGAAAAAUAGUAUACUAGUUUAUCCUUCUCCAUCUCAACUACUGAACUCUGAGAUCUUGUCUAAUGCAACAACGAACAACAUAACAAUACCGAUGAGUAACAGAUCCCUCCAUGGAAAAACAACAAGAAAUAACAUACAGGCUCCAGAAAAUGUCACUGGAACUGACCCGAAUGCAACGCCGAGCCUGAACCAGAACAACGAUGGUUACAAUAAUGGAAAUGCUUCUAAUAACAUCAAGAGUGAGUUAAGCUCAGUGGUGAGCGAUCCCGACUCUCUGAUGAAGAACGGCGACGUGAUUAUUUUUGAUUUGAAUGCUUUGCAGCCCAUUAUGGUGAUUGAAGCUCAUAAGAACAGCCUUGCCUCUCUGGUAUUGAGCCCCGAUGGGUCGUUAUUGGCGACUGCAUCGGAGAAGGGGACCAUCGUCCGAAUAUUCAGCGUGGAGACGGGAUUGAAGCUUUACCAAUUCCGAAGAGGAACUUAUCAGGCAAAAAUAUACUCGAUGUGCUUUAGCAGUGACAAUCAAUUCUUAGCUAUAAGUUGCUCCACGAAGACAGUACAUGUAUUCAAGAUGGAAAGCUUGGUAAGCGGAACCGCCUUAAGUACCAGCGAUGACGACUCUGAAACAGCAGUCACAGACGAGCGUUUCAUCGGAGAUACAGACGCUGGGGAACCGGCCGGGGACAGUCUUUCCGCUAGUGGUACCAAGUCUAGGGAACCCUACGUUGAUAUGUCAAGGAAAACUGUUGGUAGAAUGAUAAGAAAUUCCUCCCAGAACCUCACGCGGAAGGCUGCCAAAACGCUUGGGCAAAUUUUCCCAAUCAAGGUGAACUCAAUCCUAGAGCCGUCUCGCCAUUUCGCAAGCCUCAAGAUCCCUUUCGAAACGGACAAAAACGUGAAAAGUAUAGUAUCCGUAGGCACCCCCACAGAGCUCAACCUGAAUGAGUACCCGGAGCUAUCUACAAUAAAUGAGGCGGACGAGGAAAGUGGUGAUCGAGACGUUUCAAACCCGUCAACGGUACAGGUACUACCCAUCAAAGUCAUAACCCUAGAAGGAUACUUGUAUAACUACGUUCUGGAUCCGAAAAGGGGCGGCGAUUGUUUGCUGCUUUCCCAAUAUUCGCUACUUCACGUAUGA